CUUCCCAGCGAGCGAGGUCUGGCUGCGCGAGAGAGAUGUGUUGGAAUGCGUGAGUCUCGCGUACUUCCUCGACUGAUUUGAGAGUUUGGAAAUAACUUCUUCCUGCAACAACAUCGCCAAAUAACGAGCGAACACCUCUGCUGGUUGAGCAUGUCUGCUCAGACUGUGUAUCCAGCUGCUGCUGGUGUCUUCAUGCCUGUAGAGGUGGGCCAUGACCUUCCAGAGCUGCCUCGCAAUGAUGUGGCAGCCCCUCAGCUAGUGAUGCUCGCUAAUGUGGUGGUUUCAUCAGAGGCGGCUUCCUCAGACUACAGUGCAGAAGAGAAACAAAUGGUGGAACUCAAGACUGUUGGAUGCAACAGCUAUUCUGACAGCGAGGAAGAGGGUGUUAUAAGAUACAGCCUUGACAGUUCGGAGAUGUCUGAGAGCACGUACGCUGAACAUGCCACUCGGGUUGAGCCAGAGGUGUCAGAGAGAGUGAUAGAGCAGGUUGAAAUGGAGCGAGCAGAAGACCUCUCCAACCCAUCUGAAAAGACCCCAUCGGAAUCCUCACUAGCGGAAAAACGUAAGCGCACCCCGGUUGUUAUCUUCGAAACCAACAAAAAGAAGAGGAAGCCUUUCUUUUGUAAACCCUGCCAGUACCAGGCUGAGAAUGAGGAGGACUUCAUUCGCCAUAUCCGCGUUCACAGCGCCAAGAAAAUGACGGUGGUAAAUGGCGUGGUUGACUCUGACGACGAUCUGGCCAGUGAGUCGGGCCAAUCUCAAACGCCAAACCCAGAGAAUAGUGAAAGUUUGAGUAACUCCAAAGGCGUGAUCCGCUGUGAGCGCUGUGGAUACAAUACCAACCGCUACGACCACUACAUGGCACACCUUAAACAUCAUACUAAGGAGGGUGAAGACCAGAGAGUAUUCAAGUGCACCAUUUGUGCUUAUACCACCAUCAGUCAGUAUCACUGGAAGAAACAUUUGAGGAAUCAUUUUCCCAGCAAGCUUUUCACUUGCAACCAGUGCUCAUAUUUUUCUGACCGCAAAAAUAACUACAUACAGCACAUUCGGACCCACACUGGUGAGCGUCCGUUCCAGUGCAUAUACUGUGACUACUCCAGCUCCCAAAAAACUCAUCUCACCAGACACAUGCGAACCCAUUCAGGUGAGAGGCCUUUCAAAUGUGACAACUGCAGCUACCUGGCAGCCAACCAGCACGAGGUGACCCGCCAUGCCAGACAGGUCCACAAUGGACCCAAGCCCCUAAGCUGCCCCUACUGCCAAUACAAGACAGCCGACCGCAGCAACUUUAAAAAGCACGUUGAGCUCCAUGUAAACCCUCGCCAGUUUCUUUGCCCAGUUUGCAAAUAUGCUGCAUCCAAGAAGUGCAACUUGCAGUAUCACAUCAAGUCCAGACACCCAGGAUGCUCUGAUAUCUCGAUGGACGUAUCAAAGGUAAGGCUUCGCGUGAAGAGGACUGACACAGAUGACAUUUCGCCAAAUAAGCUUGCGACAGACCAUCCUGGAUCAAGGCAAAGUGAGGACAAGCAGUUGGGAGAAUUGGAUGAUGUUGAAUCAGGUCCCAUCAACCUCUCUAUUAAAAAACCCACUAAACCCACCCUUGCUGUGGAGACUGAGCUGACUGACAAGACCACAAAGAAAACCCCAGAUGUCACUUUGAAAGAAAAAUCUGGAAAGCCAACCAAACAACUCAAUGAAAAACCUGCAGAGAAAAAGACCAUGUCGAAAAACAGUAAGAAGGUUAAAGGAAAGACUUUGGUAAAAAAAACUAUGGACAUUGCCGUGGCACAAAAAGAGGGCAGCAAUGAUAAGCAAGCUAAUAAAAAGGAAAUAAAGAAGGUAGAGAAAUCCCCUAAAUCUGGGGAGAAAGUAAUGAAAGGUCGUCCUAAGAAAGAGAAGGCAUUGAAGGAGACCGCUAAUGAAGUUAUUGCAAAACAUCAACUUAUUGUUGAGCAAAGACUAGAUUUGGAUAAAGAAAGACCAGAGAAAGACCUUCUAGAGAAACAGCAGCAGCAAAAUGAGAAAGAGGAAAGAGAGCGGCUAGAAAAAGAAAACCGAUUACUGAAUAGGAAAGCGAAGGAGACUGAAGAGAAAGAAAGAACAAAAGAUUGCAAGAAAUCUCAACCCAAGAAACCAUGCAAGAGGAAGACAAAAUUGUCAAAGGUCAACUGUGAAAAAGAUACCCAGAGCAAACCUCUCAAAAGAAAAGCAGAGAACAUGAAAGCACCAGUGACUGAUUCCGCAGAAACUAAUUGUCCUUCAAAGCGGGUCAAGCGCACAACAAAAGAUACAGCCAGGCCAUUAACAAGUUCUGGUGCUCCAGAGAGAAAUCGCAUAAUACCUGAGGUUCUACAGGCCAUGAAGAGCAAAACCAAAAAUGCUGAGGCAAAUGCAAAGAAACCUGAGUCUUGUGUCAUUGAACCUGAGAAGACCAACAAAGUCCCAGAGAAACUAAACAGUCCAGAAGCUGAAAAACAGUCCACUACAGAAACACUGAAGAUACUUGACCAACCAGAUGAGCAGACAUCUAAAGAAGUGACCUGCCAAGAUGAGAGAAACCCGAAGGAGACUGCUUCUGUAGUGGAGGAACUAACAGUUCCAUGCCAACCCCAAGUUCCAGUCUCUGAACAAGCUGAAGAAACUAAGAACAAGGUCCCACAUGAACCAAAAGAAAUUCCAGAUGUAGACAGCGGAAGUGAAAUGCCAUCACCUACUGACGAGACCUCUCCGGGUUUCAGCCCAACUCUCGAACUUCCUGGUCCACCUGGUCGCAAAUCUACAGACGCAGAGGAUGACGAAGGCAUCCACAGUAAUGAUGGGGGAAGUGACAUCAGCGAUAGCGCCUCUGAAGGAAGCUACGACUCUGGUCUUAAUGGACUGGCUGCUGCCACCGAGGGUGGAGAGAAACUUCCAGAGACUCCAACAGAAGAGCUUCCAUCUCCAUCCAAACUGCUCAGUCACACGUGUAUCUUCUGUGACCGUACCUUCUCUCUUGAGAUGGACUACCGUCGCCACUUGAACCGGCAUUUAGUAAAUGUGUAUUACCUAGAAGGGGCGGCUCAGAGUGACAAGUAAGGGGAAUCUCAUAUGAAAAAGGGCAGCGUUUUUGUGCCCAAAACAGUUUUUGAGGUUCUCCUAGACUUCGGACUGAACAAAGCUUGUUCAUGUUGUAAUAAAAAAUAAGGUUCUUGUUGUUUUUGAUGGCUUUACAGUUCAUGACAGAUGACCACAUCCAUGUCUGUUUUUAGUUUGCCAUGAUGCAACAUGAAACAUUAAAAUAACACUGUAUACUUUCAA